AUGCUCAUGAGGAACGGAUUGGUUUCCUAUGCCCUAUUCGCGCUCAACAGGACGAAUAUCUCCGAGGGCUCCAGUUAUGCCUAUCUAGGUCGGGAAAUCAACAUGUUGACCGACUUAGCUUCAGAGCUAAGCGGAAGGAAAAGAAAGGCUUGGGGAGCUUUCAAGAACAUCGAGGAUGUAGUGAAGAGGACAAAGAACACCCGACUCCGUUCCCGCCUUUUCGACCCGACGGUACUUCCUGCCGUAACGUACGCGUCAGGAACCUGGUCGUUGCGUAAGCAGGAUGAAAGAUCACUCAGCGUUAUCGAACGCGCAUUCGAAAGGACGAUGGUAGGAGUAUCUCGUUUCACGCAAGUAACCGAUGGGAUCCGAAGCUCCGACCUGCGUCAACGAUCAGAAAUGAAAGAUGCCGUUCUGUACGCCAAACAGUCGAAGAUAAGGUGGACCGGACACGUAAUGCGUAUGAAUGACAACCGAUGGACAAGAGCUGUUAGUGACUAA